AUGUCCGAGCCCCAAACAGACGACAACUCUGCUACUCAGUGGCACCAUGGCCCGAUCACCUCGAGACUAUUCGCUUUGAUUAUCGGCAUUAAUACAUACGAUGAUUCCAAGUACUUUUUUAAUCUGCGAGGCGCCCGGGCAGAUGCGCUUCGUCUCAAGGCGUACUUGGAGGAAAGCCUCCUGGUUCCAGAAACUCACAUAAAACUUCUACUGGACAAGCAAGCCAGUCGACAGAAAAUCCUGGAAACCUUAGAGGAACUGGCCAACGAUAAACGCAUCGUCAGAGAUGAUCCGCUACUCAUAUUUUUUGCUGGUCAUGGGACAGAGAUCGAAGAUGUGGUGGACGGGGAGAAAAGCAAGAUACAAAUGAUUGUCCCAGCUGAUUACAUUGCCAUCCCCGAUUUCAUUAUUGGCAGGCUACUUGACUACAUUGCUGAUAACAAAGGCAACAACAUCACUGUAAUUUUUGAUUGCUGCAAUUCUGCAUCGGGCACACGCGGCUCGAUUGUCACCAGCAACCCAUCCGCUCCCUUGACUCGCGCUAUUGAUCCAAGCCAUGUCAAAUAUAAGAAAGACCUCGACCAGGUGUUGCUACGGAGAAUUCGACGAGCGACACAGGAUGGACUUAGAAAGUUGGGAGUACAAUCGCACAUGCUACUAGCAGCCUGCCAAUCCUCCGAAGAAGCCAGAGAAAAAAACGGCUUCGGUGUUUUCAGUUCUGCAUUGCUAAAUCUCUUUAAAGCCAAACCACCGACCAUCCUCCGAUACUGCGAUAUUCUUGACCAGAUGGAUGUUAUAUUAGGGCAAAAUCCUCAAUGCCAAGGCCCCUUCCAGGACAGGAUGUUAUUCGACGGAAAAUGCAAAACUCGCUCCAUCAAAAGCAAAUUCAAGGUUCAAACUGGGCCCUUCCGAGAUCCAAUGUCAAAUAUGACCAUCCACGCAGGUAGCGCCCACGGAGUCACUAAUGGUGCCGUGUUCGAGGUUUAUGACUCUGUGGAUGCCUCAUUCACACGGCCCCUGGCAAGGGCCACCGUUCAACCAGUGAUCAGGGCAUUUUGUUCCCCUGCAAUCUUGGAUCCAGGACACUCCCUACACAAAUAUGAUUCCAAAACGCUUGUCGCCAUCCAAGUCAGAUCCGGAGAGAAGGAAGCCCUUCGUCUAUACGUACCUCCUGGUGAUCCUUUCCGCAAAAUCUAUUCCGACGCGAUUUAA